AUGACGCGAGAAUUGUGGCACAAGGGCUGCGGGAAGGCCGGGCGCGAGGGUGGCACUGAGGCGAGAGCCCCAAAGAGCCAGCGAGAGCCCCCAAAAGCCAGCGAGAGCCCCCCAAAAGAGCCAGCGAGAGCCCCCCAAAAAGAGCCAGCGAGACCCCAAAAGAGCCAGCGAGAAAAGAGCAGCGAGAAGCCCCCCAAAAAGAGCCAAAAGAGCCGAGAGCCCCCCAAAAGAGCCAGCAGAGAGAGCCAGCGAGAGCCAAAACCGAAAAAGCCCCCCCAAAGAGCCCGAGAGCCCCCCAAAAGAGCCAGCGAGAGCCGGAAAAGGACAUCAAGAGCCCCCAAAAAGAGCCAGCGAGAGCCCCCAAAAGAGCCAGCGAGAGCCCCCCAAAAGAGCAGCGAGAGCCCCCCAAAAGAGCCAGCUGAGAGCCCCAUCAAGAGCCCCCAAAAGAGCCAGCGAGGAGCCAGCGAGAGCAAAAGAGCAGAGCCCAGAGAGCCACGAGAGCCCCCAAAAGAGCCAGCGAGGCCCCCCAAAGUGCCAGCGAGAGCCCCCCAAAGAGAGCCAGCGAGAGCCCCCCAGCCCCCCCAAAAAGCCAGCGAGGCCCCCCAAAAGAGCAGCGAGAGCCGGAAAAAGGACAUCAAGAGCCCCCCAAAAGAGCCAGCAAGAGCCCCCCCAAAAGAGCCAGCGCAGAGCCCCCCAAAGAGCCAGCGAGAGCCCCCCAAGGAGCCAGCGAGGAGCCCCCCAAAAGAGCCAGCGAGCCCCACAAAAAGUGCCAGCGAGAGCCCCCCAAAAAGCCAGCGAGAGCCAGACCCCCCCCAAAAGAGCCAGCGAGACGAGAGCCCCCAAAAGAGCCAGCAGAGCCCCAAAAGAGCCAGCGAGAGCCCAAAGAGCCCCUCAAAAGAGCCAGCGAGAGCCCCCCCGAGAGCCAGCGAGAGCCCCCCAAAAGAGCCAGCGACCGAAACCAAGAGCCAAAAGAGCAGCGAGAGCCCCAAAAGAGCCAGCGAGAGCCCCCAAAAGAGCCAGCGAGAGCCGCCAAAGCCCCCCAAAAGAGCGAGAGCCCCCAAAAGAGCCAGCGAGAGCCAAAAAGACAUCAAGAGCCCCCCAAAAGAGCCACGAGAGCCGGAAAAAGGACAUCAAGAGCCCCCCAAAAGAAGCCAGCGCGAGAGCCCCCCAAAAGAGCCAGCGAGAGCCCCCCAAAAGAGCCAGCCAAAAAGAGCAGCGAAGAGCCCCCCAAAGAGCCAAGAGCCCCCCAAAAGAGCCAGCGAUCAAGAGCCCCCCAAAAGAGCCAGCGAGAGCCCCCCAAAAGAGCCAGCGAGAGCCCCCCCCAAAAGAGCGAGAGCCAAAAGCGAGAGCGAGCGGAAAAAAGGGAAUUCAAAGGAAGAGCGAAAAAGAGCCAGCGAGAGCCCCCCAAAAGAGCAGUCAAGAGCCCCCCAAAAGAGCCAGCGAGAGCCCCCAAAAAGAGCCAGCGAGAGCCCCAAAAAGAGCCAGCGGAGCCCCCAGAGAGCCCCCCAAAAAGCCAGCGAGAGCCCCCCAAAAGAGCCAGCCCCCCCAAAAGAGCCAGCGAGAGCCCCCAAAAGAGCCAAGCGAGCCCCCCAAAAGAAGCCAGAGCCCCAAAAAGAGCCCGAGAGCCCCCCAAAAAAAGAGAGCCCCCAAAAGCCAGCGAGAGCCCCCCCAAAAAGCCAGCCCCCCCAAAAGAGAGCCCCCCAAAAGAGCCAGCGAGAGCCCCCAAAAGAGCUAGCGAGAGCCCCCCAAAAGAGCCAGCGAAAGCCGGAAAAAGCAUCAAAAAAAGCCAGCGAGAGCCCCCCAAAGAGCCAGCGAGAGCCCCCCAAAAAGCCACGAGAGCCCCCCAAAAGAGCCAGCGAGAGCCCCCCAAAGGACACCAAGAGCUAUUCCAUCAGGAAGAAGCGGCAGCAGCAUCAGCCAGCCAUCUCGCGUCGGACGAUCUCUCCCCAAGCAGAAGACACAGGACUUGAGACCGUCGAGAGUUGUAAUCAGCGCUUGAUCUCUUUCACAGAGAACUAUAGUGGUUUCAACCCGAUGACCUUCCUGACCGGUUCUCAAAAGGCUCCCCAAGCGAGACGAAUGAAUGGGAUGCAGGUGAAAGAAGAGUGA